CCCUUAUACGUAAUUUUCAAAUUCGAAUACUAUGGUUUACCCGUUGAAUUAAUCUGCAACGGCGCGUUGAAAUUUUAUUUUUCCCGCAACAAAAUGCUGGCGAUAAAUCGGUCGUGGCUACUUAUUUUUUUACUGCUCAAGUUUUGCGUUGGCUGGUUGGAUGAAAGACCAACGCUUGAAUCGAUCAACGGGAACUUGUUUAUAUCAAGUGCCAAGGAUAAAAACAUAACUUUGAAGACACUAGGAGUUGGAAACGUUAACAUAAACGAUAUAAAUUUGUUACAUGCGGUGUGGGCGGCCCAAAAUGCUUCAUCUUUGGUGGAGAGAUGGAAAUCGGGUAUACUCGGUGACGUUGAAUCUACUCUUCAACGACUGUCACACGUAAUCGAAGGACCAAAUGGAUUGUUGAGAAAAAUAAAUGCCAUUGAAUAUGCGAGCGACACGCCGCUCAAUUCUUCAAACGUGAUGAAACCCACGUCUGAAACCGAGUCCGGAGCUAGUUCGGUAACUACCGCCAAAGUUAGGGCACUAAGCAGUAGGUUACGCAGAUUAGAAAUCAAAGUCCGCUCGAUUACUGUGAUCCUCCGAACAAACGAAUGCGCGAGCGAUCCCUGCCAAAAUGGCGGAACUUGCAUCGAUAGUUACGACUCGUUUCAAUGCCACUGUCCACCCGAGUGGGAGGGCACAUUGUGCUCGAUCGACGUGAACGAAUGCGAGCGGUACGCGGGAAGACCAUCUGGGUGUCAGAAUGGAGCUACUUGUACGAAUCUUCCGGGCAGUUUCAGUUGCGCCUGUUCGCCAGGAUGGCACGGGUUCCACUGUGCUACUCAAAAAUCGGUAUGCGACGAAUCGAGCAACAGCGAGCUCUGCGGUCACGGGGUUUGCGUGAAAACCAGCUCGCCCCUCGGAUACACUUGCAUAUGCGAACCGGGCUGGGACCACUUGGCCGACAGCGAUCCAUCGUGCCGCAAAGACGUGGACGAGUGUACGGGUUCGCGGUACCCGUGUUCCGUCAAUCCACUCGUUACCUGUCACAACGUGCCCGGGACCUUUUACUGUGGCACCUGCCCUGCCGGAUACACCGGGGAUGGAUUCAAGUGUCAGGAUAUCGACGAGUGCUUGGUCAAUAACGGUGGCUGCAGCACCACACCCUUGGUCGAGUGUAUCAAUACUCUGGGCUCGAGAAAAUGCGCAAUGUGUCCAAGUGGCUAUCAAGGGGACGGCGUCACGUGUUUCUACACAGGCAGCUGCUCGAACAACAACGGCGGCUGCCACAAUUUGGCCACUUGUCGCGAGGGACCAAAUUCGGAAGUCUUGUGCCUGUGCCCGUCCGGCUACCAGGGCAAUGGCAAGGGUCCUCAGGGCUGUCGAGUCGCCGAAAACGCGUGCAAAAGUAGUCCCUGCGCGCAUGGCUCCUGCACGCCCGAAGGGAACAACGACUUCACCUGCACUUGCCACCCUGGAUAUGCAGGAGCAAUGUGCGACAGGCCUGUCAACCCCUGCAGUCCGAACCCGUGCAGAAACAACGGCACGUGCAGCCAAUUGUCCGGAAAACCGGUGUGCGAGUGCACCUCCAGUUACACCGGUCCAACGUGCGAGACGCCAAAGCAAAGCUGCGGAGGAUGGUAUUUCACCUCCAGUGGGUAUAUAGAGUACCCUGCCAAUAAAAACAAAUACGACCACGGAAUAAGCUGUGCUUGGGUCAUCAUGACGAACAGCACGAAAGUCUUGAAUGUCACUUUCACGAGAUUCAGUUUGGAGGAUACACACGGGGGCGAGGAGUGCAAGCACGAUUACGUGCAGAUACACGAUGGCAAAUCAGCCGGGAGUUUACUUAUCGGGAGGUACUGCGGGAAUAAAUUGCCCAACAAUGGCACCAUCGUAACGACGCAUAACGCGAUUUACAUUUGGUUCCGUUCGGACAAAUCUGUCAAUUCGGAUGGAUUUGGUUUUCGAUGGAGAACAGUAGAACCAUUCUGCGGGGGAUACGUAGACGCAGAUUACGGCUCGAUCACGUCUCCGGGUUUCCCAGGGAAAUAUCCCCUUGGCCGGGAUUGUUACUGGAACGUACACGCUCAGCCGGGGAAACGGAUCACCUUCCACUUCAUAAGCUUGGCCCUCGAGGAACACCCGACCUGUGACUACGACUACGUUGAAAUCAAUGAAACCAACUACAUGGGUGAUCGUCGUAUAGGAAUUUUUUGCAAUCGCAAUUCACCACCGCCAUUGACGACAACAGGAUCUGAAGCCGUUGUACACUUUCACUCGGACACUACUAAAACUGAUAACGGUUUUCAUCUGGCAUAUUUAACAGUGGCAGGCUCUCCCGACUGUGGUGGAGUUUACACGGCUGAAAGAGGUGAAAUAGUAUCUCCAGGAUACGCCUCGGGAAGUUACUCGUCAAACAUGAUCUGCGAUUGGGAGAUACGGUUACCAGAAGGCAGUCACGUUCGUAUAAAUUGGUUGAACUUUGAAGUGGAGCGUUCACGAAAUUGCAUGUUCGAUUCGGUACAGGUAUACGAAGGACCAAACAAGGAUUCUCCGCUAAUUGGAAGAUACUGCGGAUCAGCCUUACCACCGUCAUUAUCAGUGAAGUCGAAUCGAGUACUGCUUAGAUUUGAAAGUGACGCAAACCUUGAAGAAAAAGGAUUCAUUCUCAAAUACGAGGUCGACUGUGGUGGUAUAUUUACCGAAUCUUCGGGGAUACUCGAGUCGCCGUUUUACCCCAAUUAUUACCCAGGAUCAAAGGAAUGCGUUUAUUUAAUUUCUCAAGCACCUGGUAAAGCUGUGGCAUUGACAUUUGAGUUCAUGGACAUUGAGGAAGGAUCUUUAUUCAGCAAUCUGACCGAGUGUUAUUUUGACCGGCUUGAAAUUCGAGAUGGGGAUACAGAAAAUUCAACUUUGAUAACGACCCUCUGCGGUACAAUGCACAACGUCCCAACCGAUCCCAUUUAUUCCACGUACAACUUCAUGUUCAUUAAAUUUUUCACUGAUGCCAGUAUCCACAAUCGAGGAUUCAGAGCAAACUAUACGACUAUUGAUCGCGAGUGCGGCGGUAUUGUUAAACAAGGCCCGGGUUCAUUAAAUAUACCAGGACACGUGGAACGUUCGAAUAAAUGGAAAAAUAAUUUGGAUUGCUUGUGGACUAUUCGGGCGCCUUCUAAUAAUGCAAUUCAACUAACAUGGAUUUCUCUUCCUUCUAAAACAUCAAGCAUAACUGACGAAUGCACUCGAGAAUACAUUGAAUUGGUGGAAGACUAUGGAUCUACUGAAGCUAAAUCAUUAGGAAAAUAUUGUCCAAAAAAAGUACCGCCACAGAUCAUGUCAACCCAAGGAAACGACUUAACGUUGCAUUAUCACUUUUUCGUCGACUCUGACGUAUCGUAUCAAGUUUCUUAUGUUUUUGUCGACGACACUCACAACUGCGGAGGCCACUACUUUACACCAACAGGAUACAUACGCUCGCCGAACUAUCCAGAUAAAUAUCCCAAAAAUAAAGAGUGCAUUUGGGUUAUAGAAGCUGAAAGCAAAUACUUGGUGACUCUUAAAUUCAACAGUUUUCAGCUCGAAAAUGUUUCUAAUUGUGCAUACGAUUAUUUAGAAAUAAGAAGCGGUUCUCGAGACAAUUCUCCGUUGUUGGGGAAAUUUUGUGGUGAUAGAAUAGAAGACGAAAUAACAAGUAUGACCAAUCAGAUGUACAUAAGAUUUGUCUCGGAUGCUUCGUUGCAGAAAAAAGGAUUUGAAAUUCAAUGGAAUAGCGUAAAAACUGGAUGCGGGGGAAAUCUACAUACUUCCAGUGGAUCGAUCAUAUCGCCCAAUUACCCUCAAAACUAUUACCACCGAGCAGCAUGCACUUGGAAUAUUCGAGUUUCAGCCGGCAGUGUUAUUCGAAUUACUUUUACAGACUUUGAUAUUGAGGAUCACAUGAGAUGUGCAUUCGAUUACCUUGAAAUUUCCGACAUCGUCAAUGGAUAUUCGCAAAAUACCCAUCGAUAUUGUGGCUCCAACAGCCCUGCAUUGAUCGAGUCAAAUAGUAAUCAAAUGAAAUUAUUAUUCCGAAGCGACGUAUUGACCAAUGCUCGUGGGUUUCAUUUAAGAUACACAACAGAUUGUAACAACAAGGUCUCUGGUUACCAAGGAGUCAUAGAGUCGCCAAACUUUCCACAAAAUUAUGAAAACUUGAGCAACUGCACCUGGAUAAUAUCAGCACCUGCUGGAAACACAGUCAACAUCACAUUUUCCCACUUUCAUGUGCAAGCGAGCCUCGAUGGAAACUGCAAAAAGGAUUACGUCAAAAUACAAGAGGGAGACGACAAUCAACCAAAUACGGAAAUUAUCACAAAAUGCGGACACGAAGAAGACGUAUUACCUUUAAAAAUAUCAUCAUCCCAACGUCAAGUUUUCGUGACGUUUAUGUCGGAUCGCUUCGUAACGGCUAGCGGAUUUAGAUUGGAGUGGUACGUCGAUGGCUGUAGCAAGCACUUGACAAAGCCGUAUGGGCAAUUUACAUCUCCCGGUUACCCGGACAGCAACAAAUUAAAAACUGCCUACGUAGAGUGCCAAUGGUUAAUUGAAGUCGAUUAUGACAAAAGUAUAGAAAUUACUUUUCCGAAAAUUGAUAAUCGACGUUCUCACGAUUGUUUCUCGGGAGAUAACAACGGUUCCAUUGAAAUUUUCAACGGACAAAGUGAAAAUGCUCCUCAAUUAUCGCACAGCUUAUGUUACUCCGAAUCACCUGUGACCUUAACCAGCACUGGCAACCAAAUGCUCAUCAAGUAUGCGUCUGAAACGAAUUAUGCCAGCCACGGAUUUUCCGCUAUUUACAAAUCUGUACCCAUUCAGUGCGGUGGCAAAUUCACCGGACAAUCGGGUGUCAUUCACUCAGCUAAAUAUCCUAAAAACUAUCCUCCCAAUCAGAAUUGCGAAUGGCUGAUAACUGUUGAUCCAAAUCAUGUCGUGAAUUUGACUUUUGUCGAUUUAGAUCUUGAGAAAAGCAGAAACUGUUCGGAUGAUUACAUCAAGGUUUUCGAUGGUAAUUCAACGGCAGCUUUAGUAUUGGGAACACACUGUCUCAACACCGAGGGCUUGCCCUACUAUGUUUCCAGUGGAAAUCAGAUACUUGUAAAAAUGAGAACAGACGCAUUGGUCUCGGCAAAAGGUUUUAUGGCUCAUUAUAACCGAACUUGUGGCGCUCGUAUCGUAGUGGAUGGAUCCGGUAUUAUACGUUCUUCGCCAACUCUACACACAAUGGAAUCUUUGAAUUGUAGUUGGAUAAUUGCAGCCGCAGAUCCGAGUGACAAAGUGACUUUGACUUUCACUCACAUUGACUUGGACUCUCAGGAUUGCUCGUCAAACCACAUUGAGAUUUAUGAAGGCGCAGGGAUCGAGGGACCGAUGUUGGGUCAAAUUUGUGAUAACAAGAUUCCAAAACCUUUCUACAGUACUGGCGAUACGCUCACUAUACAUUUGACAACUCUUUACGGACACAUUGUUGGCGAUAAUUUUGACGCAAUUUAUUCUUCAUUAUCUACAGCCUGUGGAGGAAAAUACACGGCUGAAAAAGGCAUAAUAGCUUCCCCUAACUACCCGUUGAGUUACCCAAGUGCAGCAGAUUGCAUUUGGAAUAUUCGGAAUUCGCCUGGAAACCGGAUUACUUUGACAUUCGAGAGUUUUGAAUUGCAGGAGAGCGAAAAUUGCGACAUCGAUUAUUUAGAAAUCCGUGAAAACAACGGCAUUGGAAAGCUAAGAGGUGUUUUUUGUGGCAAAAAUAUACAAAGCAUAACUUCGUCGCAGCCACUGUGGAUCAGAUUUAAAAGUGCAUCAAACACCGUGGGUAAUCCGAAAGGUUUUGCGGCUGAGUAUAGUUUAUUAUUUGGAAAUGAGCUUACGGGAGAUGAUGGCGAAAUAGCAUCGCCCAUGUAUCCGAUGCCUUAUCGUAAAACUGAAUCCUUCUCAUGGAGGGUGACAACUGAGUUCAACUAUGUGAUAAGAUUAGAAUUUUUGGAUUUCCAUUUCGAUCACUACGAAGAUUAUUGUUAUUCCUCAUUAAAAAUUUAUGACGGAUUCGACGACGAAGCUCCGCUGCUAAAGGAACUGUGCGGAAUCUCUAUUCCAAGCGACACAAUAACAUCUUCAAGUAACAUUAUUUUCAUCGAAAUGGAAAAUGGAUUUGAUCAUGUUGGCAAUUGGUUUCGUUUGAAAUGGCUGAAAAUUCCUCGGGGAUCGUACAUGGGUGAAAUAGAAGAAAUAAAAUCGAAUAGCAGCGAAAUAAUCAUCUUAACUGCACAAAAUUCAACGUAUUCAUUCACAUCGCCUGGAUUUCCAAACGGUUAUGAAGAUAAUCUUCGUUUUUUCUGGACAUUUGUAUCACCAGUAGGAACGCAUUUAGUCUUGAGAUUUGAAACAAUGGACAUUGAAGAAUCUGAUAACUGCGUGGCUGAUUAUGUAGCAAUUAACAAAGGGUACCAAAAAUCUGUCGAAUCUGAAGAAAGUCUUUUGUUUAAAGUGUGCUUAUCCAACUCAACGAAUGCUGAUUACGUUGGCACAAAUGUUAUGACUGUUGAAUUUUCUGCGGAUGCUUAUAGAAACAAAACUGGCUUUUCAGCCACUGUUUCGUCGGAGUGCGGCGGAACUAUUGAAGAAUCGAGUGGUAUAAUUCAACUUAAUAGUAGCUUACAUUCUUCACGACCUCGACCAUUCAUAUACUAUUGCGAAUGGGUUGUUAAGGUUAAACCAGGAAGAAGAAUAAGAGUGAACGUGAUAGAAAAUCGCAUCGAAACUAACCAACCAAAAACCAAUGAUAAUUCUUGUAGAGCUAGUUAUCUUAUGUUGAAAAAUGGUGAAUCAUCCAACUCUCCUUUGUUGGGCAUUGGAAAGUACUGCGAUGGUGUAAAACCACCCGUGCAAAAUACAACCAGCAACUAUCUUUAUGUAAAAUUAUCAGUUGUUUUCGCAACUGUUCAUUUUAAAUUGAAGUUUAGAGAAAUAGGUAAUGACUGUGGGGGUAGAUUUGAGUUAUCUUCCAAGAACGAUAAUCAACAACAGAUAACUUCCCCGAAUUAUCCGAAUAUUCCUGCACCUCAUACAGAGUGCGUGUGGACGUUUAUGAGUAUGGAUACACAUCGAUUGUCUAUUCAUUUUACAGAUAGAUUUGACCUUGCAUUUAGCGAAGAUUGUGAGAAAGAAUACGUAGAAGUUAGGGAUGGUGGAACAGAUGACUCACCUUUAAUGGGAAGAUAUUGCAAAACCACACCACCCAGCAGCUUAUCAACUAAAGGAAAUAUUUUGUAUGUGCGUUACUUUACUGACUUUGCAGAGCCACGAAACGGUUUCAAAGCGCUUAUAACAAAUGGCGAUGUGUGUGGAGGUAUCGAAAGAAAACCUCGGGGUGGAGUUAUAACUUCACCAAAUUAUCCUGAAACCUAUAACACAAAAUCGCACUUGUGUAGUUGGUGGAUAAUUGGAUCUUUCAACCGGGGCAUUAAGAUUCAGUUUGAAGAUUUUCUGCUUCCAAGUUCACUGAAUUGCUCGGAAACUGAUCACGUCACGAUUUUGGAAAAACUUCCGGGACAUUUCAACAACACUGAGGUUGGUACUUAUUGUGGUAGAAGAAAACCAGCUCCAAUCGAAGUUUUAACGAGCGAAGCUGUAAUUAUAUUUCAAAGUACAUUUGAAAGCAGACGUUUUUUUAGCAGAGGAUUUCGUCUUAAUUAUACUUUUCACAUUGAUGGUUGUGGAGGUAACUUGGAAGGAAUGAGCGGAAUAAUUGAAACUAAUGGCUAUCCCAGAAUUUCUACUAGUUAUAAGUAUUGCCAGUGGAAGAUUACGGUACCGAUUGGUUUACGUGUAGCAGUUGACAUAGAAGACUUAGACAUUGGCAAUAGUUUAUAUGCAAUGGGCAGUCACGUUUCGUUUCAUCAUGAUCUCGGGUCGCUCUCAACAAUUGUUACACUAACAGACUCAUCACAAACGAAAAGAAUCGAAAGUUCUGCUAACUACAUGAGCAUAUAUUAUGUAUCGGUCGGAGGUCAUCGAGGGAUGAAAGCAAGAUUCACUGCGCUGUCACCGGCUGCCUGUGGUGGAGAGACUAAAGCUUUGUCUGGUACUUUGACGAAUCCCCAAAAAGCACCGUUCAACGAGUCUACAUACUUUUGUAAAUGGAUUUUACUACCUCCGGACGAGUUGAACACUAGAACUUUAAUACAGACAGAAAACCAUAUAUCAUUGACGCUGGCUAUGACGAUAUCUGGCAUUAUAAGCAGAGGAAAAGCAACAACAAAUUGCCAAUAUUAUUUGGGCCAUGUUCUCAUAACAGGUGAGGAGAUUUUAGCUAAAAUAUGCGGAAAUAUCACGGAAAAUCCUUUAGUGGUGACUAGUCCUUACAGAAUGAUUACUGUUCAGGCAAUAAAUGCAACUUAUCAGUCAAUGAAAGUUAAUUUCGUCAUAAAUUACAAAUGGUACCCAUGUGGUGGUAUUUUAACUGGACCAAAGCAUACGAUACAUCCCCCAAAAAAUACAUCUUAUCCGGUGUAUUGCUCCUGGAAAGUUAAAUACUCGGAUACGGAUGAAACAAUAUUAGUGGCAUUCGAAAAAAUGAAUCUUGGUCCCUGUGACAAGUCUUACAUUCGUAUAAAGGGUAAAACAUUUAGAUCGCCGUCUUUGGGCAAAUUUUGUGGAAACGUCAAGCCGCAGAGUGUAGUAACUCCGACAAGCGAAAUAACGAUAGAAUACUAUGCCGAGGAAAGCAGCGCGGAAUUUGAAAUUCAAUUGAGCCCGUCUAGACACGCUUGCGGAGGAAUAGUCAAAGGCAAGAAAAGCGACAUAAGAUCCCCCGGUUUUCCGCAAAGCUAUCCCAACAACACAGAAUGCAUUUGGGAGAUAAUGGCCAAAAAUGGCUACCACGUUGGUCUAACCUUCGUCGAAAGAUUUAAUCUCGAAACGAGCAAGGAUUGUCAAAACGACUACGUAGAGGUGUACGCGUGGCAGGAGGUCGCGCACAACAAUACCGAUGAAUCCAAUCAUUGGAAAAGUUUGGGAAAAGUUUGCGGGCGCACACCCCCGGAGGAGCCCUUCAACAGCACUAACAACAGAAUGAGGGUAAAGUUCGUGUCAAAUGAGAAGAUCGAGGGCGAAGGAUUCAAGGCCGUUUGGUACCCCAACUGCGGAGGUGUUUACGAAGUUACGCGGGACGUGAAAUACAUCGAGUCACCGAACUUUCAAGCGUCUUAUCCGUCAAACACUUUGUGCAACUACACUCUCGUAUCAUCGGGUGAUCAAGCGGAUAUAGUCGUCGAUUUCACCAACUUCUUGAUAGAAGGAAAUGGAGUAUCCUGCAUUUACGACAACUUGACGAUCAAUACCUUUUACAAUGGAGACUGGCUACGCGAUUCAAGCGUGUGGUGUGGUUCAAAUUCACCGGGGAGAAAAAUAUCGGCGGGCAAAAUGGAGAUCAUAUUCAAAACGGACAGCUCCAUUAAUCGCGAGGGCUUCAAAUUCAAGUAUCAAUUGAACGAUUGCGGCGGUAAUAUAACAAAGCCGAGAUUAAUAAGUCCCAUGAUACUCUCGGACCCCGAUUCUUACGUCUUCAUGAGCUGCGUUUGGCUGGUGCAAGCUCCCCCCAAAAAGAGCGUGCUCUUGCGCUUCGAGAAACUAAACAUCACGCAAGCUUCCCGAGAUUGCCUGUCAAACUCCAUUCGCAUAUACGAAGGAAACAGUUCGAACUUGGACAAGCAAAAGGCCACGUUUUGCGGGGACUUGAGUAAAAACUUGCCGGUCGUUCAGUCGCUGGGCAACGAGAUGACCAUCACCUUCUACUACAGUUCGUACAGCGCGACCGAGGGCUCUCUGAGCAUUGCCGUGCUCUUCGUCAACGGCCCGGAAGAGGGUUGCGGGGGAAACGUGAACGUGACCUCCGGCAAGGAGACAAAGUUCAGGAGCCAACUCGGGGAGUAUUACGAGCCGUUCCAGGACUGCCACUGGCUGAUAACCGCGCCCUCGAGCUACACCAUCGAGUUCACCAUGGACGUGUUCGACCUGAGGAACACCACGUUCAACGACACGAUGGUCGAACGGCACGAUCGUUGCAACGGCGAUUACAUCGAGGUGAGGGACGGUGGGCCCUACGCGCCGUUGAUCGGACGCUUCUGCGGCCCGUGGAAUCCCUCGCCGUUCAGGAGCUUCGGCAAUCUGCUUUGGAUCAGAUUUGUCACCGACGGCACAAACGAGGGCCGCGGGAUCCGGGGAUCCUUCAAACUCGUCACAUCGCCCUGUGGAGUAUCCGAUUUGGAGCUGGGAAGUGAGGCCAAAGUUCUGCAAUCGCCCAAUUACCCGGAGGGCUACGCGUCGGACAUUACCUGCAGGUGGGUGAUACGCGGCCAGGAGAGGGACAUCGUCAGAGUGGCGUUCAAGGAUUUUCAGUUGACGGAUUCGGAGAAAUGCGAGAGCGAGUACUUGCAGAUUGCCGAUUUGAACAAUCGAAACGUUAUAACCGAAGGUUUUGGCGAGCAAUUUAUCAUCGAGGGGUCCCCGAAACGUACCCACGUUUCUGAAGACAGUCACAUGCCUCAUACUUUUUAUAAAUACUGCGGUAGCGGAAUACCACACGAUUAUUACAGUAACUACCGGGGCGUAGAAAUAAUUUUCAAAGGAUCUUCACGUGGCCUGGUUGAUAACAAGCGCUUUAAAAUAGAAUACAGCAAGGCUAACUGUUCUCACAAUUUUACUUCCCUUCAGGGGAGAAUCGUUCACCAAGAUGUAAGAGAUUGUUGGUUCACGGUCGAAGUGCCACAGAAUUAUACAAUCAGCCUCUACUUCAAUCAGAUGUUUAUACCUGCAAGCUCUGAUUGCUCUACGAGUAAUCUGCAGAUAUGGGAUGGAGUAUUCAAUAGUCCUUCUAGUGAAACUUUUUGCAAUUACCAAACCCCAAGUCCAAUUUUCAGUACGGGCAAUCGUUUAAGUUUUCAUUCUUUUUCCAAAAGGGAAGGAUUUAUUAGUAACAGUUAUGACAUAACGUACACAGCUACCAAUAGCGGAAGAGGAUGUGGUGGAAAGCUUUACAAUUAUGGGGGAGUCUUCACGUCUCCACUUUAUCCAAAUCCUUAUCGAAACAGGAGCCAAUGCACUUGGGAUGUCAGUGUUCCCAAAGGACUUAAUGUACAUUUGCACUUUGACGUUUUUGACAUUGGACUUAAGAGUAUGUGUGACACGGAAUAUUUAUCUAUUACUGAAAUUGGAGGCAGCGGGGAAGAAACGUCAUUGUUUUUUUGUGGAUCAGAUGUACCAGCUGAUUUUGAAUCUCAAAGUAAUAGAGUUUUGGUUACUUAUGUGACCAGUGUGAAUAAUGGCGGUACUGGAUGGGUUAUAAAGUUUUCUGCGUUCCCACAGAGAUAAAUUAAAAAUGAACAUAUAAUAUAAAAAUUAUGAAUCGGUUCAUGCAGAAGGAUAAAAAUAACCUUUAUUUAUACUAAAUUUUUAAUAAAAAAAUUUUUACACUUAAAUAUACUUUUUUAUUCAUUUGACUAAAAAUGAGAAAAUAUCGAAAUACGUUUAACGAGAAUAUUGCAUUGCAAUAUACAAAAGCUUUUU